AUGCCUCCACCUGGUCUCUGCUAUAUCCUGGCUGCUGGCGCAUUGGAGUGUUGCCAUGCUCAGUUGGCAGGGCACAUUAAGCCAAACAGGAUUUGGCCAGAAGAUGCGCCGAUCGAUAGCGACGCCUUGGCCACGAGUAAAGGGUUUGUGUGUGAGAGAGUUCCUAGCCGGCAACCUUCAGUGAUUCAGAGAGGUCUUGAAUAUCCUGUGCCCAACCUGGCGGAAGCUCCACCGGGCGGAAGCGGAUCGCUCGCUGACAUUCUUCAAGGUUUUCGACAAGAGCAGGUCGGAAACAUCUUUUCUCAAACACAGCUGCGAUGCGGCAAGUCUCCGUCAUCACAGGAAAUGUCCGACUGUGAGCAAGCGUGGAUGGACUACAUGAUUUCACUGCUGUUCCCAUACGGCAUCCCAUUGACACUGUGUUGUCGGCAAAUGGUCUGCUGCAAAGAGAGGAAAGAGCCCACCAAGACAGCCCGUGUUUAUGUGAUAAUCAGUGUGGUGCUUUGGAGCAUUGCGAGUGCCAUCCAGGUUGCACUUUGCUCUUCUAUGGUGGAGGCCAGCCAGACAUUACACAACUCUGUGAACUGGAGUCUCUGUGUUGCCCAUCAUUUUGCAGCAGAGGUGCUGCAUGGCUCGACCUGGUUUUUGGGCACGGAGCCAGCCUUGCGUCGAUUCAACCUGAUAGGGGUUGCUCUUGACGCAGACAGCAUCGGCAGCAAAACCCUCGGCAGGGUCAUGGAACAGUCGAAGGAUUUCGCGCAGAAGCACGCAAUGCUGUUGCACAGGCUCCAGCACUUCUCCAACACCUUGGAAGCAAUCAGCUUGAAUAGACGACUCUUUGAUCAUCGGUGUGUGUUUUGCAACUUGGCCCUUGGUGCGGAGAAGGACACCUCUUUGCCGGCUGGGUAUCCUGCAACCGGAUUGCUGCGCGCCUUGGAAUCUGAAAUAUUGACCUCAGCGUCGCAGGCAACAGCUACCAUUCGAAGGAUAGCAGCAGACCAUCUGACACAACAGAACCUGACUGAUUUGGCACAAUCCAUGAAAUAUGCGAAUAUUUCCUUUAGCCUGUUUAAUGAGGCCGUUGUUAAAGAAGCUGUUGCAAAGUUGUGGGUCAAGAACAGACCCCAUAUAGAUGCCGUAGAAUCCAUUCGGCAUGCCCUCUUCCUGUGUGUGUCAGUGCUGGCUGGCCUGGGUGCCGUGAUUGGUUGGGCAGCCUUCCUUCGCACACGCUUUAAGUAUGCCAAGAUGGGCGAGGAUCCCCUUGCCCGGCCUCCAAGUGGGAGGUUGCACUUGGUCUCGUGGUGCUGCGCAUUUUUGCAUUCAGUUUUGGCCCUCACCCUCGGAUCCAGCCUUCUUAUUCUCACUGUUCCUGUGGGAGAGACUUGUGUCUUUGUGCGUGGCGAGCUACUGAGCUUCGAAGGGUUGGAGAGGUAUGCUUCUGUGUUUGGCGUUUUCUUGACGGAUGAAGACACGAACGAAGCAAGAGCUGCUAGAGAGGCUGUGAGACUCGCUCAGACCUGCUUAGCCCGCAAUCGAACUGGAGAUAUGCUGGAAGCAAUCGGAUUGGGGGGAAAUAAAUUGGACUUCCAAGCAGAGCUGGCAGAAAGUUUCUAUCAUUUAGAUGAUCGCUUGACUGAGCCACCUAUAGGGGUGCAAGCUGCAGAUCUUGUUCAAAGGUUGAUUGACAGCGCAGAGGACUUCGGGAGUACAUUUGUGCUUGACCCUCUGGAACCAGAUAACGAGACGGAGUCCUUUGGAAGACUUCUGCUAGGAUCGAACGUGGAGGCUCUGCUUCUAAAGUCCGGGCUGACUGCAGCUGAUCAGAUUGGCCCUGACAGUGUCACAACCAUCCGCGGCUUGAACACCUAUGCGGAGCUUAUCGCAGGCCCUGGGCAGUACACCUUUCUCUCUGGCACUUCUGGCGGGGGCUUUGUCAUCUCCCCGACUCGACCCGUGGAGUCUGAAUUGGCAUCCCUCCCUGCAGAGGUCCGUAAUGCCCUUCGCUACGCUCAGAACAAGGAAAGGCUACUGGCUGCAGAUGCUUUACAGUGCAACACGAUGUCUGAAGAUGGGUCGGUUCAAAACCGAGACUGUGGCGUUCAAGAGUUUCAGAAACAUGUAGUUGCGGAAGCAAUCUCUCUCAAAGAGACCAUGGCAGAAGCAACAGAAAUGGCCAACGAAGUCCAGAUCCUGCCCCUUGUCUUUGCAGUUUGCGAGGGAUUUAAAGUCGGAGCUACUGCCAACAUUGACAUCACUGAGAAGUUUGAGAUCUCUGCUGAACUGUGUGGCAAUGUGGCUGAGCUCAGUUUGCCUCAAAAGCAUCGGUGGCAGCGGGUCGAGGAGUUGGAUGCUUCAUUCUGCACUGACAUUGCCAACACCAUCUCCCGCGGGGCCGCCCAAAGCAUGGCGCAAGCCCUGGCUGCCUUUGUCGGCUUGGUCGUCCAGUAUAAGGUUUGGCGCCGGCUCAAGGAUAACAAGACCCUCCUAGAUGACUUUGGCCGCUAUGAGAAGAAGCUCCAGCAGCACAUGCGGCAGCUGGUGCAGUUUGAUGUAGCUCCACAAGA